AUGGCGCACGGCACAUUGUAUGUCCCCCUCUUUAGCCACCACCACUGGAUCGCAGGCAUCCUCUCCAGUGCGUCUUGUGAUGGAACAGGCGAGGGACUGCUUCUCCGGAUCUUCGACUCUGCGCCGUCUUGGGCGGUUCACAGAGAUUUGUGGAAGCGGGUCCGUCGCAUCUGGCCUGCGAUAGAGCUGGAAUUUUGCCCUUGCCAGCGUCAGGCACGCGACAGCGACGACUGUGGCAUUUUCAUGACAGCGAACUUCUUUGCGCAUCAUUUAGGCAUCACCAUCGUCCCCGCGGCUGACCUCCCGGCACGCCUGCGGACUUUUCUCUUCGCCGCAGCCCAGAACCACCCGAAAAGAGACGUUUUUCUGCGCAACAUCAGCGCGGCCCUCCUCGGGAAGCCUUCCUCCCUCAUUCCUGCGCCGCACCAGGCGCCUGCAACCCCACCACCUCCAACGGCCCUGAACAAAUUGCAGCCGGCCGCCACGACGGACUCACCGCUUACGGGUUGUGCCGAGGGUGCUUGGGAGGCGACCUACGAGUCGAGCGAGCCCCACGCGUGGGUAAUCGGUAUGGGCUACAUGUUGUCCGCAUCUGUAUUGGCUUCGGUGGCUGACGGUCAGUAUCGCGCGCUUAUAAUUCCCGCCAUCCGUCAGCGCGUCACUCGCGCCGGUUUCCCGACGGGAGUGCCGCAAAGCGUUCCGUCCGCCCUCGCGAAGCUUGGGCACACUCCUCUUCACUAUGGGGUACAGCAGCCAAUGGGGCCACCGCGUAUUCUUGAGGACGUGGAUAUCCGCUCCAGACGAUAUUUUUUCUUGAUCCGAGCAAUGGAGGAUGUCCCGCUUCCGGCCAGCAUCGAUGAGCACGUCUUUACGCUCGGGGCGGAGCACCAUGCGGAUGUCCGCUCACGUACCGAGCAGCCUGGCCACGAUACGGUGACGCGUGAGGUCUCCGUGGCAUCUGUCGGCUUGUACGUGCUCAGCGCGCCGGUACACACUGGUUUGCCAUCUCCUGUGCCGCGACGACGUGUUGAUCAGAGGGCCGUUGCUCAGGGUUCCCCGGUGGACGACCCGCAUGGGGAAAUGGACCGUGCGCUGAACACAGGGCUUUCAGGUCCUUUAAACUGGAACGGCAGGCAUCCGGAGGGGUGUGCCUGUCCGCGGGAUUGGUUCAUCCAUCCCGGAAAGCCCCCUCAUGUGUCUCAGGUGGCGUGGGCGGCUAUGAACCCGCAGGUGCGCAUCCAACACCGCACGUGGCUGGAGAACCUGCGCGCGAUGCCCCAGGAUCUCUUGUCGCUCCCGCUGCACACGGCGGCGGUCGAGCUGGUGCGAAGGAUGGGCUGCGCACGCCAUUGGAAGUGGUCGACGAUGGCGCGACACUACGCGUCCAUUCAGGCCGCUCUACUCCAGCUGCCCCUCUACACAAACCAGACGCGGCCGGUGGACUUGGCCCGGGAACCGGAGUGGCGCCAAGCUAUAUCGGGAGCCCGACGUUUCGAGCGCGAGUCGGAGCCACAGCCGCCGGUGCCGUUGUCGGUGGAGGAGUACAAGCGGGUCUUGACUGCAGUCCGCGUCGACCCCGAGUCUGACGCUUUUCUUGUGCUGAUGUGGGCCUGCGCUGCGCGGCCUGGCGAUGUGACGAACCUGCUCGUCAAGGACAUUCAUUUUGCAGAAGAGGUAGCACCCCGUUCGGUCCGCAUGCAGGUGACGGUGCGUCGGGGAAAAGGUGCCCGGUUCCGCGGGCCGUAG